AUGCUGCCACCAGACGAUCCGUUUUGCAACUCCCUGUCAAACUUCCUAGGGUUAAAUCUCCAUUCCACCGUGAAGGACGCGGGUAAUUCACCUCCUUCGCCCGAUUCCUCCCCCUUGACAUUCUUCGACACUCAUAUCAGCCCCAACCUCAUCCUCAAGCAUGUCGUACCCCUGCCGUCUAUUCCACAAUCGCUUUCUGCAUUAUGCGACCAAAUGCUGCGAGAGUACAUUCAAGCGGGGCAUAGAUUCAAACGCCAAGGUAUCGACAUUAACUCACGACCGUUCGCAUGUACGCGCACUGGAGCCCAUUACCUCGUGGCUCACUACGAGAGGGAGAUCGGUUACCUUUGUCGCCUAUUCUUAUCUCGAAUACUUGUCCAUCCAGACUUGAAGGAGUGGAAUGGGGUUUUUCGUUCUCGGCGCCAGGAGCAGGAUUCUAGUGACUUUCUGCAAGAGAUCUGGCUUGAGGUUUGCGCCGGUUCGGAACCUGGCUCCCUCUUUCUUCAGGGCGCGCUUACUAGUCUUGCUGCUGCAACACAGGAGAGGCUCAAGGCUCUGAUGACGAAGUAUCCCAGGCUUGCAACAUGGCAAAUAUUUGCCCAAGGACCAACUUCUGAUCAAAUUUUUCGCGGAAUGGAUAGACAUAUCAAGACAUUUCAUUGGGAAACAAAUCGUACAAAGGGCUCCACGUCGAGUGGCAACGCAGAGCAGCCCCUUGACUCCGAGAGUGACAUUCUUCAAACGUUGUUACCUCCAUCCUCUCGGAAGUCGGGCACUCGAGGCAAAGGCUCUAGCAAUAUUGGCAAGUCGUCGAUAAGGAUGGAUAAAUUCGUGAAGCCAAACACGCGACCCAAACCAGAAUCCUAUCGUGCCCUGGCCAGACAUUAUCUGCAGCACGCAUGGGCUAAUGCUGUGGAGAACGAUUCAACACUCCUUACGUUCAAUAACGGCGGAUCUGAAUAUAUUGGCAUCCGUCAUAGAGAGAGCCAGACGCUUUAUCUCUCGAAGAUAAUCGACACAGUUAAUAUCAAGGAUCCACACUACAGGAAACUCCAUUUAGGACUUCACCUUGCCAUCAUCCAGGAGGCCUUCGAUCGCCUGCAGAUGUCGAAAUACACUCCUGAAAGCAACCCCAUUGUCGGUCAGAAACGCUCAAGGUCACUUGACGAAACGAACAUGCCUGAAGCGAAGCGUCUCAGAUUGACAUCGGAAGCUACCGAAUUUGCCAGGGAGUUGAGCUCACGGCACCUAGCUGCUGUUCACCUCCAUUACGAAAGCGAAUUUCGCAAGAAGUAUGAAACACACAAAUGCUUCUCCCUCGUCCUUGGUCCUUCACUUGGUCGAGGUGCUGUCGGAGUGGUACAUACGGCAACCGCUGAGGUUCUUACCGCGUCUGGUGAACCGUUGCGUCGAAAGCUCGUUGUCAAGAUUGCCUUCACGAAGGAACAAACGCGCAGGUUGCGGCAUGAAUUCCGUAUAUACGCCUUUUUGGCAGCGAAGUCUCACGUCAAAGCGAUUCUCCCUGUACAUGGCUUGUUCAAAGAUCCUGACUCUGGAGCGAUAGCGAUGCUCAUGGACUACGGUGGCCAAACCCUCCGACAGCGAGAACAGGAACGUAUGAAGAGCCAUCACAUUGCGCAAGUCGCAACAUCCAGCGAGGAACGAAGAGCAUUCUCAGCCGCGAUCGUAGGACUCCACGAGGCUGGCGUCUGGCACGGCGAUAUUCGAAUCGACAAUCUACUCGUCAACCCGGAGACAAAGCAGGUUUUCAUUAUCGAUUUCGAUUGUGCCGAGAAGAUAGUGGAGGGUGGCAUUCUCAAGAAGACGUCCCAAGCCGACCCAAUUGCAUCGGAGAUCAUGUGCAUGCGCGAUAUCCUCACCAAGACGUACGGGCUUGGCGGACGAUAUUACUGA